AUGGAUAACAGGGUGAUGCGAAAAAUGCGCCUUCAGCAUCGAUUUCUUCUCAUCGAAUGGGCUGAGGCUGAUGCAUUCAACUGGUUGAAUGCCUUGGAUAGUGUCCAUCACCAUUUUGCUUCAUCAUUCGAUAUUACUGCUGUAUCCCCAACUUGCGAGUGGGAGAUUACUUUUCGUAACGAAUAA